AUGAAAACUAGUCACGGCUCCGUACGGAGGAAACGUUCGAGAGUCACCUGCGUUGUCAUCAUUUCAAUUCCCCUUUAUCUGGGUGAACGUACGUCUCGAGGAUGGAGUCCUUCUCAUCGGAAUCAAUCGACCUGGCAAGAGGAAUUGUGUAAAUCAGGAAACAGCAAACUGCUGACUAAGGCAGUGGAACGCCUAAACUCUGAUCCUUUGGUGAAAAUCGGGAUUCUCUACGGCGAAGCUGACAUCAGAGUAUGUGGCCGCACAGCAACGUUUGGUGUGUUCUGCCGACGAGUAGGUGUCCCACUCAUCGACGGAGGAACUGUUCGCCUCCCUCGCAUCGUCGGUCUAGGCAGAGCUCUCGACAUGGUGCUGACAGGGCGAGCUGUUUCUUCUGACGAAGCCCUACAAUGGGGUCUAGUUACAAAGGUCGUUGACGAUGGCGAAGGUGAGCCUGGCAUAAUUCGGUCCUUGAAGGCGAAUGAGUUAAAAAUUUAG